AUGCUCAUCAUCGGGCUGACGGGCUCAAUAGCCACCGGCAAAUCCACCGUCUCUUCAAUCCUCUCCUCGGCUCCCUACUCCCUCCCCAUCAUCGAUGCCGACCUCCUCGCCCGCAAGGUCGUCGAACCGGGCACAGCCGGCUACAAGGCGAUCGUGAACUACUUUGGACCCAGCACGCCCGAGCUUCUUCUCGAUGAGCCCUCACCCGGUGCCGGAAAACCACUCAACCGUCCCGCGCUAGGUCGUCGCGUCUUCGGCGACACAGACGAACGCAAGCGCGAUCGCCAGGUCCUCAACGGAAUCAUUCACCCCGCCGUUCGAUGGGAAGUCUACAAAGCACUGAUCUUCCACUAUAUCCGUGGCCAGUGGGCUGUCGUCCUUGAUGUGCCGCUUCUCUUCGAAAGUGGCAUGGACCUCAUCUGCGGAACUGUCAUCGUCGUCGGCGUCCACGACCCGGCCGUACAAAUGGCGCGCCUCCGCGCUCGAGACGCCCACCUCACCGCUGAAGAUGCGGAGAACCGUGUCCGGAGCCAGGGUGACGUGCGCAUGAAAGCUGCACAGGCAGAGUUCCGUGGGACAGCUACGACGAGAGGUGUCGUGGUAUGGAACGAUGCGGAUAAAGAUGAGCUGGUACGCGCGGUCAAGGGAGCGAUGGUUAGUAUUUCGGCGUCGAGUCCGCGCUGGUGGGCGUGGGCAUUGCUUGUUGCACCGCCUGUUGGAUUCGGAAUUGCGGCAUGGAAUUUGGUGGUGAAUUACGCGACACAGAGAGGGUGGGAGAGGAAAAAGCGGGAGGAGAAGGCGAGAUUGUAG